CCGGCCCCAGAGCGCCGCCAGCCCUCCAGCCGCGCUGCAGUGCUCGGCGCGGGCGGCCCGCAUUGCAGCCGAGGCCGGCAGCCGCGGAGCGGGGAGCCCCAUGCGGCACGGGCGGCCCUAGGCUGCGCGCCAGCCGCAGCAUGCCGCUCCCUCUGCGCCUGGCGUGGCUGCUGGGGCUCUGCAGCCUCUGCCGCGGGUACUUCGAGGGGCCGCUGUACCCCGAGAUGUCCAACGGGAGCCUGCACCACUACUUCGUCCCCGAUGGGGACUACGAGGAGAACGACGACCCCGAGCGGUGUCAGCUGCUCUUCCGGGUGAGCGAGCAGCGGCGAUGCGGCGCGGCGGCGGCGGGCGGCGGGCUCAGCCUGCGCGAGGAGCUGACGGUGCUGGGCCGGCAGGUGGAGGACGCGGGCCGGGUGCUGGAGGGCAUCGGCAGGAGCAUCUCCUACGACCUGGACGGGGAGGAGAGCUACGGCGCCUACCUGCGCCGCGAGUCCGCCCAGAUCAGCGACGCCUACUCCAGCUCGGACCGCUCGCUCAGCGAGCUGGAGGGCAAAUUCCGACAGGGCCAGGAGCAGGGCGGCCGGGAGGAGUCCCGCCUGGGCGACAGCUUCCUGGGGCUGCUGCUGCACGCCCGCGCCUUGCUCCGCGAGACCCGCCACGUCUCCAGCGGGCUGCGCGACAAGUACGACCUGCUGGCGCUGACGGUGCGCAGCCACGGCGCCCGCCUCAGCCGCCUCAAGAACGACUAUCUCCGCGCCUGAGCCCGCCGGCUGCUGGGGACACCGCCAGCCUGAUCGCCCGGCCCCCGCAAGGCACGGCCCUGGCGCCCGCCUGGAAGAAGCACCUCCUCGGACAAACCCUAGAGUUAUGAAGCUCGGGAAAGACCUCCGAGAUCGUCAAGUCCACCACGUCCACUAAACCAUAUUGAGAAGUGCCACAUUUGCUCGUUUUUGAACGCUUCCAGGGAUAGUAACUCAAGCAAAAAUACAUUCUUCUUCAUGGAAAAAAAAACCCUUAUUUAUUUUACCUGCUAAACAAAUAGCACAAUUGUAUAAACCAGGAGGUUUGAGGUAUGUUUAAGUUAAUAUCCCAUACUCAAAAAAGCUACCCUCUGUUAUAUCAUUCAUCUUUGGUUGCAAAGUGAAGUAAGCUUUCUCUUGUCUGAUUCCCUGUUUGUUUUUUGUAUCACCUGUUCUGCUGUUGUUCACCUGCCCUAAGUGUAGCUGAAGUAAGGUGCUGGCCAGCUCCUUACAGACUCCUGUGUAGCAAAUACUUAGAUUGCUUUUGUUGUUAGUACUUCAGGGUGACACCUCUGGCCCUCUAUUAACUUCUUUUAUAAUGGUAUGUAUUAUAUACUCCUUAAAUGUUGUUCCACUACAUAAAGCUGUGAUUUUCAUUUCUGUUUGGAAAGAUGGGAACUAUUCUGGCAGAAUUUGUACUUCCAGGCUUACUUAUCUGUGACUCUUAGCUAUCGUAACCCUAAGAAGCAGCCAAAAAGGCUUAUGUCAUAUCCUGAGAAUGCUGGUAAAGAUUUUUAUAGCAAAAAGAAUGAGCCCUAGCACUGAUUACAGUUUUGGAUCCCAGAUUUGAGAGCCAGGAGCGUCUUUCUAAAGCAGACAAAAAGGUUUUGUCUGUGCAAGCACACUGACUUUUCUUGUUGGUGCCUUUGUACUUUUGCUAGCUAAGUUAUUAAUAUAACUUUGUGGUCCUAGACAAUUGCAAAAGUGCCUGGUGGGAAGGAGGGCGGGGUUUUUAGACUCGUUGCUGUUCAACUGACAAUUUGGGUAAUGUGGCUGUUAGGUUACAGAUACUGCAGGCGGCAUACCUGUUGGGAUGAAAAGAGUUUAUAGGUUCUUGUAAUAAAUAUUUGAAAACAAUGUUAAAGUACAUUUUUUUGCUCUUGAUUUUAAAACAUUCUGUUGAAAUCUGUCUUUUCAGCAAAACAUUGAAAGUUUGUAGCCCCUGCCAAGUGAAAUAGCUUGCUUUUUAGUAAAAACAAAUUAAAAUUGACAGACUCAUGAGGUAAUCAAGUUUCAUUAAAAGCAACAAUACAAAAGGGCUUGUGGGGCAGACUUCUCUGAGUUUUUAAUAUGCCUUUUUAAGCACCCAUGGAAGAGAAGCUGAUGUACUUCUGAGGUCUCUUCCUGUUAACUCUGCUCCCAUUUAGUUAUUCAGUCUGCAAAAGCAUUCAGUGAGUAAAUCACUCAGCAGUGCAGUGGGUCAACAUAAGUCAGCUUGGACUAGAGUGCUGAAGACACCAGGAAUGUCUCAUGAAAGUAGGUGCUUACAGAACCAGACAGCUUAUUUUGCUGAAGGCUGUGAAAUGUAGCCUACUGGCAAGAUACUUUACAUGUCAUUUUACAUUUUUAAGUCCUCAGUAUCUUUGAAAGAUUUGCUGGGGGAAAAAAAAAAAAGGAAACAUUUUAUUGGUUGACUCUGGUGGAACCACUCAGUGUUAUUUUUCUGUUCUCAAGUUAGAAACUAUAGGACAAGUUCUAGCUCUUAAAAAUUUAUUUAUUUGUGAUACUUUCCUUGCCACUAGAGACGGAUGGCACAACAGAAGAGUGAGCCAAGUCACUCAUUAUCUUAGGAAAACAAUAGCAUUUCUGGGCUGGACCAAGCUCUAGAAGUGGCUGAGACCUGUCUUCCCCAAAGAUGUCAUGCAGUUCCAUUUGUGGCCAGAGGCUUCUUAAAGGAAGUUUAAGUCUGUGUUUUACCCACUUUGAGUCAUUUUUUAUAACCUGAAGUAAAUAAACAUCAGUGUUUGUUAUAACAUCAAACUGUUUGUUAUAACAUCAGUAAAUAAACAAAAAUGGCAUGACAGUGCUAUUUUUUAGGCAUAUGAGAGCAGUAUUCAAAUCCUAAUAAGAAGCAGUAGUACAAUAAAACACAGCUUCUUGAAUAUCCUUUAAUCAGCUUGACUAUUCUGUUUGCAGUAGCAAAUAUUUGGUCAAGCUGAAACUCUUCCAAUGUAUGCAGCAUACCAAAAGAGUAAAUGUUUGCAGAAUGCUUAAUUUCAAAGCAGGAGAUCUAUGGGUAUUUACAGUAUAACUUAUUCCUCUCAAUGCCCUGUAAAUUAUCAUCUAAUGAAACAAGACUGUGGUACUUUACAGUCCACACUAAUGUUUCAUACCAUAUAUGAAUUUUUGACAUUUUUUGUGUUUCAGUAAAAUAUAAACAUUUUUCUAUUUUAAAUAUGGCAGAAUUCUGAUUUUGUUUCAGUGGCAUUGAUUUUGGAAGGCUUUAAAUGGUCAUUUUUAGGAGAAAAUGAAGAUAUCUGAGUCUGGUCUAUGUAUAAGUUCACACAUUUAAUACAAAUGGUCAAUCUUAUGUGGAUUUGAUGAAGCCAAUACAAAAAUCUUUUAGGAAAUUUAAAUCUACUAGUGUUUGAUUUAUAUAAUUUUGGCUGGCCUAAGCAAAUGUAUAUGUUAAAUAUAUAAUUUUUUUGAGUCAGAGCUGAUACAUUAAAUGGUUUUUAUAGAGCUGCCUGCAAGAACUGAGUGCUUAGUGAUAUUCAUCAGUUUAAAGUUUUAAAUUCAAUUUUUUUCUUUAAAAAUUAUGAAAACUGUAUUGCAAUAGUCUUUGCAAUCUUAUAAAUGUCUUCCUUUUGCUUUUUAUCUGAUAAAACUUAUUUGUUUAGGAGGUAUGAAAAUCCCCUGGAUCUGGAUCUUUAUACAGCCUAUUUUAAAUAGUAAAGGCCCUUUUAUCAUUGAAAAUUUGGUAAUUUUAAGCAGAGAGCUUUAAAAGGAUGAUUGUAGCAGCAGUAAUCCCCAUUAUGUUCUUCUUGUGUGUUAAAAUAUUAUAUUGAUACUACCUUCUUUUUUCUUUUUCAGAAUGCAGAAGUUUGAGCUAAAAUUGAGCUGACAGUGGGGCUUUUUUGUAGUUUUCUGAUGAUUUUCAAAACAUGUAUUUUUUCUGAAUUUAUUAAAGAGUUGAUGGUGCUGAAGAGCAAAAUACUGUUUUCUGGAAAAAAAAAAAGUGCUGCAGCUGGAACAGUCAUAGAGAGCUCACUUAAUACUUAAGUUUUUCAUGAAGGGGAACAGGCUGCCCAGAGAAGGUGUGGAUGCUCCAUCCUUGGAAGUUUUCAAGGCCAGGCUAGAUGGAGCUCUGAGCAGCCUGGUCUGGUGGAGGGCAUCUCUGCCCGUGGCAGAUGGACUGGAAUGAGACGAUCUUUAAGGUCCCUUCCAACCCAAAGCAUUCUAUGAUCAGAGUCAGAGCAAGGCACUAAGGGACUCACCUGCACUUCUCUCCAGGUAGCUCAGUUUUGAAGGCAGUGCUCUGAUGUGGACAUUCUCACAUCCACUGAUACACACAGAACAGAAGAAGCUCAGAGCAUGCACAAAACCAUUAACAAAAGCUCGAGAAAGAAAAGUGUGCUUGCCUUGUGCCAAGUGAAUGGGUAGGGAUUCAGAGGGGAGUGUGCAAACUGGAUUUCAAAACUGCAGUGUUCAGUUUCACAGAUUGACUUACCCAGGACCAUCAUCACAAAGAGAAGUCAAGGAAAGCUUUCUAUACCUUGGUGAGCCUUUAAAAAACCUUAUGUGUGCCAGCCUGGGGGGUGAGAAUUGUCUGAAGCUAAAUUGUUGCUCCUAUAGGUUGUCAUGUACUCAGAUGUAGAUUGGCAUGACGUAAACCUCAUAAUCAAGAAAUAUACCUGGCUUAAUCGCUAGAAACAACCUUGUGAGCUACAGAGCUCUGGUUAUAAUCUUGUCUAGGAAACGUGUAUUUUGUGGAGAAAUUCUGUUGGAUGUGUCUAUUACUGUUGGUGUGGCUGUUUGUUUAGAUGGUCUUCAUGUUGCUUUACCAGCUUUACUUCUUCCUUAUGCUUCUUGAAUAUCAAUUUUGUGACUAUUAAAGAAAUUUUCAGCUAA